AUGGCAAGCAUUGAAACUUCAACUUCAAGUUUAUUAUCCGGUGCCGCACCUUUUGCGAUCACAGAAACCUUGGAGCCAGAUGUUGAAGCUGCUCAGGGGACCAAGGCCAAAGCCGUAUUUGUCUAUUUAUUUGGUGACUUUUUUGGAAGUUUUCCUCUAGUAUUUAUUAUCUGCGUGUUAUUAUUGGCCUUUGAUUUUUGGACAGUUAAGAACGUAACUGGAAGAUUAUUGGUUGGAUUAAGAUGGUGGAAUGAUAUUCAACCCGAUGGAACCAACGUUUGGAUGUUUGAAAGCCGCGAUCCUUCGCGACCCGUCAAUCAAACCGAUUCCCGUAUUUUUUGGACUUCACUUUAUUUGACAGUAGUUAUAUGGAUCUUCCUUGCUAUCUUUGUUUUAUUCAAACCAAGUUGGCUUCUUAUUGUUGCCGUCGCGAUAACUUUAAAUUUGGCUAAUGUAGUUGGUUACACGCAAUGUGAUAAAGAUGCUAAACGUAAAUGGGCAACUGGCUUUGCGGCAAGGGCAGCAGGAUCAAAUCCAGGUCUUGCGGGAAGACUAUUUUCAGCAGGGUUGGGAAGAUUCUUUAAUUAA